AUGAGGUUCACAUGGAGACGGUGGCGAAAAUGGAGCUUCUUUUGGAACGAACAUGGUAUUGACCCGACUGGAACCUACCACGGAGACUCAGAUCUCCAGCUUGAAAGGAUCAACGUGUAUUACAACGAGGCAACAGGCGGGAAGUACGUUCCUCGUGCUGUUCUUGUCGAUUUGGAGCCUGGAACUAUGGACUCUGUCCGUUCCGGUCCCUUCGGACAGAUCUUCAGACCCGACAACUUCGUGUUUGGCCAAAGCGGAGCUGGUAACAACUGGGCUAAGGGCCACUACACUGAAGGAGCCGAGCUUGUGGAUUCCGUCUUAGAUCUAGUGAGAAAGGAAGCCGAAAGCUGUGACUGCAUUCAAGGUUUCCAACUCACUCACUCCCUCGGGGGCGGUACAGGCUCUGGCAUGGUAACACUCUUCAUCUCAAAGAUCAGAGAAGAGUACCCUGACCGAAUCAUGAACACAUUCAGCGUUGUGCCGUCACCCAAGGUUUCUGACACCGUGGUCGAGCCAUACAACGCCACCCUGUCCGUCCAUCAGCUGGUAGAGAACACAGAUGAGACUUACUGCAUCGACAACGAGGCCUUGUACGACAUCUGCUUCAGGACCCUCAAACUAACCACACCAACCUAUGGUGACCUGAACCAUCUCGUCUCUGCUACCAUGAGUGGUGUAACAACCUGCCUUAGAUUCCCUGGACAGCUUAACGCCGACUUAAGGAAGCUUGCUGUCAACAUGGUACCCUUCCCCCGUCUCCACUUCUUCAUGCCUGGCUUCGCUCCCCUCACCAGCCGUGGCUCCCAGCAGUACAGAGCCCUGACUGUCCCUGAGCUCACCCAACAGAUGUUCGAUGCCAAGAACAUGAUGGCUGCCUGUGACCCACGCCACGGACGCUACCUCACUGUUGCUGCCAUGUUCCGUGGCCGCAUGUCCAUGAAGGAGGUCUUUGAGCAGAUGCUGAACGUGCAGAACAAGAACAGCUCAUAUUUCGUUGAAUGGAUCCCCAACAACGUUAAGACCGCUGUGUGCGACAUACCACCGCUUGUUCUUAAGAUGUCCGCCACCUUCAUCGGUAACAGCACUGCCAUCCAGGAGCUGUUUAAGCGCAUUAGCGAGCAGUUCACCGCUAUGUUCAGGCGCAAGGCUUUCUUGCAUUGGUACACCGGUGAGGGUAUGGACGAGAUGGAGUUCACUGAGGCCGAGUCCAACAUGAACGACCUGGUAUCUGAGUACCAGCAAUACCAGGAUGCUACCGCUGAGGAGGAGGGCGAGUUUGAUGAGGAGGAAGAGGAAGCUGAGGAGGCGUAGACGCUAGACCCUCGAACCUUUCCAUGAAUUUCUUAGAGGAAGUUUAGCACUGGAGGCUCUGCAGAAGAUCUCUUGGACACUGCCUUAUUCCGCCGCGUGUGUAAAAGAAACAAAAUCAAUACGAACCAGCCUAUUCCCAGGCGUUCUGAUCUGGCUUCCUAUUAUGGCUAGACGUUGUGACGUCACAAGAAGCUCUCUCCCAGACCCCCACUUUUACCCAAGGCUCAUAUAUGAGCACAGGAAACCCAGGAAAGAGGCUGAAUUCGUAUCUUUAGGUACUAUACCAUUGUAAGGCGAGGGUCCUUUGCUUAAAUAAGAUAUAUUAUUAUAGGAACCUUAAUCCCCAAAUUUGUACAUAUUCACUAAUGAUUACAAUAAACAAAUAAAAUACAGCCAUGUUAAAA